ACCCACAUACCAGACUUUACUGUAAACUAGGGCGCACACAGCAGCAAUGCAGAUACCACAUGAAGUUGGUUGGGCUUUUUUUUUUUUUAGCUGAAGAUCAACAGGUAAAUGAAAAAAACAUCUCAGGUUGAUGGGAGGGAGGUGGGGUGUGAUGGAAAAUAAAUAACAUGAACUAGAUGAAUUAAACCAACUCAUGUGGAAAAAAAUGUUUCAUAAUAACUCACAGUCUGGACCUUUAUUGAAACUGGGGCAACUGGGUGCUUCUGCUACCGGGACCUCUCUGCGUGUGUAUGUUUGAGUCUGUGAGCGAGAGAGAGAGAGAGAUGUGUGAGCGUGAGAGUGUGUGUGUGUGUGUGGCAGGUAAACGUCACUGUUUGCCGAGAAAGCCUCUGUGAGCGCGCGCCACACUUCCUCAAUCGACGGAAUUACAGAGCGAAGAAAAAAAAGGAGAGGAAGAGAAAAAGCAACUUUCAUCGUGUUGCGGUGAAAAAAGAGAGAGCCGAACGAGGUGACCUGGGCACUCGUCAACAUGGCGCCUUUUUUGAGGAUUGCCUUCAACUCAUACGACUUGGGGGUCCUGCCUCCUCUGGUUGACCAGCCCUUCUGUGCAAUCAAGAUGAAGGAGGCUUUGACAACUGAACGAGGUAAGACCCUGGUUCAGAGGAAACCCACAAUGUACCCAGCAUGGAAGGCCUGUUUCGAUGCACACAUCUAUGAGGGUCGUGUGCUAGAGGUACUGCUGAUGAAGACAGCAGAGGAGCCGCUGGCUGAGGUCACUGUUGGAGUGUCUGUCCUUGCUGAGCGCUGCAAGAAAGCAAACGGGCGCGCAGAGUUCUGGGUGGAUCUCCAUCCCUCUGGGAAAGUGAUGAUGGCAGUGCAGUAUUUUCUGGAGGGCGGGGAUACAGAGAGUAAACUGGCUGCAAAGGAGGAAGAGGCUCCAACCCUGAACCGUAGACGAGGGGCAAUCAAGCAGGCCAAGAUCCACUUCAUAAAGAACCAUGAGUUCAUUGCCACGUUUUUCAGACAGCCCACUUUCUGCUCGGUUUGCAGAGAAUUCGUCUGGGGACUCAACAAGCAAGGCUAUAAAUGCAGACAAUGUAAUGCAGCCAUCCAUAAGAAAUGUAAAGAAAAAAUCAUCGGCAGAUGUACUGGUACUGCUGCCAACAGUCGGGAUACUGUGUUCCAGAAGGAGCGCUUCAAAAUUGACAUGCCACAUCGUUUCAAGACCCAUAACUACAUGAGUCCAACCUUCUGUGACCACUGUGGAAGUCUGCUGUGGGGUCUAGUCAAACAAGGACUUAAAUGUGAAGAUUGUGCCAUGAAUGUCCAUCACAAGUGUCAAGAUAAAGUAGCCAACCUUUGUGGUAUCAACCAGAAACUACUGGCCGAGGCGCUGACACAAGUCAGCCAGAAAUCGUCCACCCGCCGCUCAGAUCCAAACUUGCCUGAUGUGUCUGAUAUUGGAAUAUAUGAUGAGGUUAACAAACUUGCUGGACUGGAGAUCACUGAUGGGCCUACGUAUGGCAGACUGUGGGAGGGGUCCAGCCCGCGGCCUCAGUCUCGUCUGACUCAUCUGACCCGCAUCAACGUAGAUAACUUUGUCUUCCACAAGGUCUUGGGAAAAGGCAGCUUUGGAAAGGUUCUCCUGGCAGAGCUGAAGGGUCAAGGAGAGUAUUUUGCAGUGAAGGCUUUGAAGAAAGAUGUAGUGCUGAUGGAUGACGAUGUGGAGUGCACCAUGAUAGAAAAGAGAGUCUUGGCUUUGGCCUGGGACAACCCCUUCCUCACACACCUUUACUCCACCUUCCAGACCAAGGAGCAUCUAUUCUUUGUGAUGGAGUAUCUGAACGGGGGAGACUUGAUGUUUCAUAUCCAGGAGAAAGGGCGCUUUGAACUCCACAGAACCACGUUCUACUCUGCUGAGAUCAUUUUAGGUCUUCAGUUCUUACAUUCCAAAGGGAUCAUCUACAGAGAUCUGAAGUUAGACAAUGUGAUGCUGGAUCACGAGGGGCACAUAAAGAUCGCUGACUUCGGCAUGUGCAAGGAAAACGUGUUUGGAGAGAAUCGUGCCACAACUUUCUGCGGUACUCCUGACUAUAUCGCUCCAGAGAUCCUGCUGGGACAGAAAUACUCCUUCUCUGUUGACUGGUGGUCAUUUGGGGUGUUGGUGUAUGAAAUGCUGGUUGGUCAGUCGCCUUUCCAUGGAGACGAUGAGGAUGAGUUGUUUGAGUCCAUUCGCAUGGAUACCCCUCACUAUCCUCGCUGGAUCAACAAAGAGGCCAAGGACCUUCUUGAACGGUUGUUCGAGAGGGACCCUACUCGCAGGCUUGGAGUUGUGGGUUAUGUCACUUCACAUCCCUUCUUCAAGAGCAUCAACUGGCAGGCCUUGGAGAAGAGAGAGGUAGAACCCCCCUUCAAACCCAAAGUGAAAGCACCGAACGAUUGCAGCAACUUUGACCGCGAGUUCCUCAGUGAGAAGCCUCGUCUGUCCUACAGCGAAAAGAACUUCAUAGACUCCAUGGAUCAGUCAGCGUUCUCUGGCUUUUCAUUCAUCAAUCCUAAGAUGGAGCACCUUUUAGAAAAGUGAUUGCAUUAAUUGUAGUCAUGUGGGGUUACAUCCCUACUGCUCAUAGAUACUUCCCUUAUUCUGUCACCUUAUUAACUUGCAAAUGAGUGAGCUGUUCCAUUAUCAGUAUUUGUGUGACCUACUCUUAUGCACAAACUCUUGCCUGGGGUACGUGUACAAAGUAUAAUAGAAACAGGCCCUUUUAUUGUAUAUAUUGCUGUUAUUGUGUUUGUGUGAAUGCUUAUUAUUUGUCUAGGCCUGUAUUAGUAAUAAUGUUAGGAUGGGAGGUUGAAACUAGUUUCAUUCCACUUUAUGUCACUGCUUCCAUCCGCAGUAUUUUUGUGUCUUGUUUUGGUAAAAAAAUCAAGUCAAGUUUUAUGUGUGUAAAAACUCUGAAAGGAAACCCAAUGAAAAUACACUGUAAUUAUAAUUCAAAUGUAAAUUGUUUGUGAGAAUGAAGAGACUGCAUGUAGAGAGGUCUCAAACUAACACCUAUCAUGUUUGAAUUUAGAUUUAUCAGUGUCAACUGUUUCUGAAACAGAAUUUUUGCCUUUGACUGGAUACAUUAUGUCUGACAAAGUGAAACUUGUGAUUGUGUAACUGACUUAAAAGUGCCAUGUAAAGAACAAAAGUUAACAGAUCAACAGCUGGUCUCUGCUGGAUUUUAAGGUUUGUCAGAAUGCAGUCAGGUGUACAAAAAGUUUAGUACCAGUGACUUUAAACAAUGAGUAGGAAGUCACUGAACUGCUGUAUAUAGACAAUGUGUGUGUAUAUUGUUGUAACCUGUAUAAUUGAUCGCUGAGGGUGUAUUUUUUUUUUUACUAUCUCCAUCUUUUACAUCCAAUUAAAAAAAAUCAUCUACUCCCAAA